AUGGCAUACAACCGACAGGUCGAGGCCUUCAGAGAAGAAGAGUAUCCUAUGAUGAGAGCUAUCUAUGCGAAGUCUCUGAUAGACAAGUUUUCCAAAGAGAUGGUGGGAAAUCUCUUUGGCAACCCACACUCCGCCUCAGCUCCAGCACAGCUUUCUGGGUUUGUCGUCGACUCUGUGCGUGAAAAGGCAUUAAAGUUCCUUGGAGCCGAUCCCGCUCAUUUUGACCUCGUCUUCACCGCAAAUGCUACCGCAGCAAUCAAAUUGGUCGCAGAAAGUUUCAGAGACUUAGCGCUAGAGAGCUCAACGUCAGGAUCAUUCUGGUACGGCUAUCAUAAAGAUUCCCAUACGAGUCUCGUUGGUCCGCGAGAGCAUACCAAUGGACAGCAUCACUGCUUCACUACCGACCAAGAAGUGGAAGACUGGUUACUCGGUUAUAGAUCUUUACCCGGGAGAAGGGAAGAUGAUGAAACGCCAGGAAUUUUUGCAUUUCCCGGACAAUCAAAUAUGACCGGUCGUCGAUUACCACUCUCCUGGAGUAAAAAAUUACGGGCAUCUACUCGUAUUUCACACCAAAAUACUUACUCGCUCUUGGAUGCUGCGGGCCUCGCAACAACCGCUCAACUUGACUUUAGCGAUCCAGAUGCGGCUCCUGACUUUACAGUCCUUUCAUUUUACAAAAUAUUUGGUUUUCCCGAUCUGGGAGCUCUGAUAGUUCGCAGAAAAUCUGCUCACAUCUUGACUUGGCGCAAAUACUUUGGUGGCGGCACAGUGUCAUCUCUGACAGUACUUCAUGAAGCAUCUUACCACAGAAAAGAUGCCACGAUUCAUGAUGGCUUAGAAGAUGAACAGUUAGCCAACCGGAAAGACAUAUACGUAAGAGCUGGCGGGCUUUGCAAUCCUGGAGGCAUUGCAAGUUACCUCAAGGUAGCACCCUGGCAUUUCAAGCGAGCUUGGUCAGCUGGCCACCGAUGCAGCGAAUCUGACAACACUGAGAUAAUCAAUGGUAAGCCUACGGGUGUGGUGCGAGCCAGUUUAGGAGCUAUGUCGAUCCUUGCCGAUGUCGACAAUUUCCUCGCCUUCAUGUUGGAAACCUUUGUUGAAGACUCAGAGCAAUCGCUUAUCAUUACAGCGCAGCCGCAAAAUAAAUCACUAAUGGUCAGAAAUCAAGGAGCCGUUGGCCCAGUUGUCGUAAAAGUACCAGGAAAUUGGCCUAUCAGAGAGCUUUUUCCCCUCAGCACGGAGCUGAGACAGAGCCCCAGGGAACGGCCACUGCGAAGAUAUGAAUUGUACGAUUACGAGAUUAAUCGGGAGAGACCACGGACAAGUCAUUCAACAACCUAUCAUUCGCCAGUGCAUCAUCUUUCAACCGGGUCAAAUGAUAGUGCGAUAGUGAUGUCGGCAACGGAAGUGAAAUAUUUGGACGAGGUGAAUAAAAGAGUGGGCCACAAAACUUGGCCCGAGAAACGGGAAAGAAGGCAUUCGAAUGAAAAUGAAAAGGGAAAAUCAAAAGAGUCACGGCCGACGGAAGAAAAGGGAAAGAGACCGGAAAAGACGUUAUCGAAAGCCAAAAGUUUUUGGGGCUUGAAUAAGGUCGUCAAGGGCAGGAGCAAAGGGUGA